AUGGUAAGAGAAAGUAAUAUAAUUCAAAUCAUAGGAGAAACUGAAUAUGCGAGAUUGCGUAAAAUACGAUGUCUAUUAGUGGGUGCUGGUGGGAUUGGAUCCGAGUUGCUAAAAGAUUUAAUUUUAAUGAAUUUUGGAGAGAUUAGUGUAGUUGAUUUGGACACGAUUGAUCUUUCUAAUUUGAACCGUCAAUUUUUAUUUAGACAAAAGGAUAUCAAGAAAAGUAAAUCCAGUGUGGCGGUGAAAGCUGUGGAACAUUGCAAUAAUUCUAAAUUGCAAGCGUAUCAAGGGAAUAUCAUGGAUACAAAGGAGUUCCCCUUGCAUUGGUUUGAUCAAUUUGAUAUACUUUUCAAUGCAUUGGAUAAUUUGGCCGCUAGACGGUAUGUGAAUAAGAUUAGUCAAUUUUUGAAAAAACCAUUAAUUGAAAGUGGUACUGCUGGGUUUGAUGGAUACAUUCAACCAAUCAUUCCCGGUCAAAGUGAAUGUUUUGAUUGUACUAGUAAAGAAACGCCCAAGACAUAUCCUGUAUGCACAAUUCGUAGUACACCUUCACAACCCGUACAUUGUGUUGUUUGGGCCAAAGAUUUUCUGUUUAAUCAAUUAUUUAAUGAUUUGAGUGAAGGAGAGGGACAAGAGGGGGAAACUUCCAAGGAUUGGGGUAGUGAUGAUGUGGAUGAAAUCAAACGAAUCCAAGAAGAAAGUCAAGAAUUGAAGGAAUUACAAGAUAUUGUUCGUAGUGGGGAUAUGAAGCGCGUCACGAGAAUGUUGGAAAAAUUGUUCGUAGAGGAUAUUGCAAAAUUAUUAAAGAUUGAAAAUUUAUGGAAGAAUGGGAGAACAAAGCCUGUUGCAUUGGCAAAGGAGAAUCUCGAGGGUGAAUAUGACGAGACGUUAUUAUUGAGUGUAGAUCAAGUUGGUACUUUGGAAGAACAAAUAGCCGAGUUUAUCAACAGCAGUAAGAGAUUGAUGAAGAGACUAAUAGGUGCGGAGGCAAAUGCACAAGGGAUUGAGUUUGAUAAAGAUGAUGAAGAUACAUUACGCUUUGUCAGUAGUGCCAGUAAUAUCCGUAGUCUAAUCUUCGGGAUCCCCGUACAGAGUAUAUUUGAUAUCAAGAAGAUUGCUGGGAAUAUUAUUCCUGCAGUGGCAAGCACCAAUGGUAUUAUUGCUGGGUUAUCUUCAUUAAUUUCGUUGCGUGUUUUGCAGUUGUUACCCGAGACGAAGGACAAAGGAGUGUUGGAUAUCAACAUGGCGUUUACAUCCAAAGCAAGUAAUAUUUCUAACGAUCGGUAUCUAUCUAAUCCUAAAUUAGCAAGACCCAAUUGUAAAUGUGUAGUAUGUAGCCGAGUAUUAAGAGGUGUUGUGAAGAUGAGUGACGAUGGAUUGAAAGAAAUUACGUUGGGUGGAUUGGUAGAGGAAUUGAGAGGCAAGUAUGAUUUUCCUGAAGAUAUAUCAUUAAUGGAUACACAAGACCAACGGCUAUUGAUUGAUUAUGAUUUCGAUGAUUUACAAGGGAAAACGUUAGGGGAAAUGGGGUUGAAAGAAGGUAGUGUAUUAUUAUUCAGUGAUGAAAUGGAUGAAGAUCAAAUAAGAAAGCCUAUUGAAUUGUAUUUGAGUAUGGGCCAAGAGAGAUUAGUCUUGCCCGAUUUACCCGCGGAAUAUAUCGAGGGACAAACACCAGUACGGGAGGAAGAAGAGCCGUCGGAGAUAAGCGCCAACGCCGAUGCAAAUGACGGUGUGAUUAUCUUGGACGAUGAUUUGCCCGAGGACAACCAGCUUGGCGACAAACGUCCGUUGGAUAGUGGAGACGAUGCCGACAGGAAAAGGGUAAAGAUAGGCGAUAAUGAUGAUGGUGAUGAUGAUGAUGAUAAUGAUGAUGUUAUUGAAUUAGAUUAA